AUAUCGCCAUUUUUUUUCUCAGAAGUGCAUCUAAAUUAUUUUUCAUUAAAUAAUUUUGUAAAAAGAGGAAGCUUUGCAAAAAGAGUUGUGUAAAACAAAUAAGUAAAAUAAAUUAUUUUUUGAAACAAAGUAAAAGUAUGUCUGAAUAUCGUUCGCAAUCUCGUGAUGGAAACCGUGAAGGUGGUCGUGGAGGAGGCGGCGGCGGUCGUGGUGAUUAUAGUGACGAUGACCCACCAAUGUCUCGAUUAUUCAUUAUAUGCAAUAAGGCUCACACUGAAGAAGACUUCCGUGAGGCCUUUUCCGCCUUCGGUGAAAUUGAAGAUAUUUGGGUUGUAAAAGAUAAACACACGGGAGAUAACAAAGGAAUUGCAUAUGUUAAAUAUGCUAAGACUUCUGAUGCUGCAAAGGCUCAAGAAGAAAUGAAUGGCAAAACUAUUGGAACAUUAGAUCGUACUUUAAAAGUAUUAGUGGCCGCCAACCGUAAUCAAGGAUCGAGUAAAUCGGACAAUGAACAUGAGAAAUAUGUGCGUCUUUUUAUAGUAUGCUCCAAAACAGCAACAGAAGACGAAUUACGCGAGGAGUUUAAACAGUGGGGUCCCAUUGAAAAUGUCACUUUAGUGAGAGAUAAACAAAGUGGCAAUCCAAAAGGAUUCGGUUACGUUCGUUAUUCGAAAUUUUAUCAUGCAGCUCUAGCUUUUGAAAAUUGCCCUUCCAAAUAUAAGGCUGUUUUUGCCGAACCAAAAGGUUCAAACACACGCAAUCAGCGUGAUCAAUUUGGCGGACGGGAGGAUAAUUCCAUGAUGAAUGGUCGCGGCAGCAAUGUUACUGGAGGAUUUGGUGGUGGCGGUAAUAUGGGUGGUAUGGGUAUGAGUUCUUCUGGUAUUAGUGGUGGCGGAUUUAACAAUGGCGGAGGCUUCAACAACGAUUGGAGUAACAAUUCGUUUAACAAUGACAUGUCGCAAUUUUUACGUAUGCAAAAUGUUCAGGUACCACAACCAACAUGCUUGGAAGUUAUUGUUAGCACAUGUGUUAAUCAGGAUCAACUGUGGCGAUUGUUUGAUAUCAUUCCAGGAUUAGACUACUGUCAGAUCACCAAAGAAUAUGGACCUCGUACAAAUGAGGCAAUUGUGGUUUAUGAUAAUCCUGAGGCAGCUAUAUAUGCCAAGGACAAACUGCAUGGACUUGAAUAUCCUGCGGGCGAACGUAUAAUUGUCAAAAUAUCUGGCAUGAGCUCUUCACGCAUUGAUACAUCGUUUAUUGAUAAGCGCACUAGAAAGGAUUCUAUUUGUAGCGUACCGUUGCCACCAUCACAGCCAAUGGCACCUAGUGAUGCUCCCGUAGCACAACGUUUAUUUAUAGUUUUAACAUCGAAUUUACCUGUUUCUAUAUUGAAGAAUGUAUUUUCCUGUUGGAAAGGAUUAAUUGAUUUGUAUUUGCUGCCAAACAAAAAUUGUGGUUAUGUCAAAUAUGCUGAUAAAGAAUCGGCGCAAAAGGCUAUACAAAUUUUAAAUGGUGCUGAAAUUUGUGGCUCUAAAUUGAAGGUUAUGGAAGCUGAAGAAAGAUCCAACAUUGCUGAUGGUAGUGAUGGCGAUGAUGGCAGCCGUAAACGUAUGCGACGCAAUUAAACACAUCAAAAAAAUGAACGAAUGUACUAAACAAAAACUGAAUGAAACGUAAAAUUUACUUGAAAGAUAAACUGACAGAUACGGAACUUGAAUUACCCACAACCACUGGCAACAAGAAAACAAAACGGAUAAAAGAGCAAAAAGAAAGGACUUGUAAGUGAUACCUGGACCUAAUUCUACUACUACAAACUAAAUUCCCACAUACACAGACCUCUACAUACUUCUACUAUACUAUGUAUAUAUUAUCAACUUAAAUUUCAAAUAGUAAGUUAUGACUAGACAACAAAGAUUUUUUGAAAUGGGAGGAUGUUGAGAUUUAACGAUGACGAUGCUGGAAAACAAAAAAUUAAAUACACAAAUCGUACCACAAUCCCUCACCACAACAAACCUCAACAUUCACGAACUAUUGAUAAUAAGUAGUAGUAACACAAAAAGCAGAGACGUUUUAGUCAUUUUGGACCAUAAAAAACACAUUAACCAAUUCCAUUUAUAUAUACGCAUUUACUGUAUGUGUGUAUUCGUGACAUAAACUUUCUUGUAAAUUUUGUUCACAUAAUUAUAUUUUGAAUUAGCUCUUUUUAAAUUCUUUACUUGAAAACAUAACAGCAACAACAUACUUAUUGAUAAACAAAUGAAGAUAUAAACCAUUCAUAUGUAGAUUUAUUAUGAUUUACUUUUUUUAAUAAUAUAAUUAACCACUUCGAUUAUAUACAAUACAUAGUAUAUAAAAAAACAACAAAACAAUUGUGAUAAUUGUUGUCUGUAUUAAUAUUCUACAAAAUAAAAUCUUAAAAUCUCA